CCCCGGCGGCGGGCCUCGCGUUGUCUAGGCUCCGGGAGGUAAUGCCCCGGAAGGCAGGGAGCGUGGAGGAGGCCGAGGCGGGCGCCGAGGAGGUGGGCGCCGAGGAGGUGGGCCCUGAAGAGUCCGGCGGGGAGGAGUCUGGCGCGGAGGAGUCCGGCCCGGAAGAGUCUGACCCGGAGGAGCCGGGCGCUGCGGCGGAGAUGGAGGCCGGGCAGCCGCGGCCGGUGCUGCGCUCGGUGAACUCGUGCGAGCCGUCCCAGGUCAUCUUCUGCAACCGCAGCCCGCGCGUCGUGCUGCCGGUGUGGCUCAACUUCGACGGCGAGCCGCAGCCCUACCCGACGCUGCCGCCGGGCACGGGCCGCCGCAUCCACAGCUACCGAGGUCACCUUUGGCUCUUCCGAGAUGCCGGGACAUAUGAUGGGCUUCUGGUUAACCAAACUGAACUAUUUGUGCCAUCUCUCAAUGUUGAUGGACAGCCAAUUUUUGCCAACAUCACACUGCCAGUGUAUACUCUGAAAGAGCGGUGCCUCCAGGUUGUCCGAAGCCUAGUCAAGCCUGAGAAUUAUAGGAGACUGGACAUCGUGAGAUCCCUCUAUGAAGAUCUGGAAGACCACCCGAAUGUAAGGAAAGACCUGGAGCGGCUGACACAGGAGCAUAUUGAAAAUCAGCGAAUGGAAGGGGAGACUGAGGAUUUUAAUUGAAAUUUGCACUCCUGAGUCUCAGCCUUUGAUGGUACUGACUAAUCUUGAUCUAUAUUUAGGACUGGUCACUUAUUCUCACUUAUUCUCACUUAUUCAAGGUGUCUCAUUCUCAGAGUAAAAAAUCCUCCAUUGCUUAAAGGAAAGUUAACUGACUGCACUAGGCAUUAUGAUGUUUCGGGGCAAAUAUCACAAGAUGUAACUUAAUGCCUGCCCCUUCUAGAAGUAUUCUUCAAAUAGUUG